AUGCAGGCAGACACAAGAUUGACAGGAAAUUUGAAAUUGGGGAUUGGGUGUUUCUCAAAUUGCAGCCUUACAGCUAAGUUCUUUGGCCCCUAUGAGGUUAUUCAGAAGGUUGGACCAGUGGUGUACAAACUAAAGCUGCCUUCGAGUUCUCGCAUUCACCCAGUUUUUCAUGUAUCACAACUGAAGAAAACUAUUGGCAAUCAGAAUUUUGCAGCACAAAACCCACCUUUGUGCAACCAGGAGGGUCAAAUGCUUGCAGAACCAAUAGCCAUUCUUGAUCGGAAAAUGGUAAAAAAGGGAAAUAGAGCCUCAACUCAAGUAUUGGUUCAGUGGGCAAAUUUAUCACCAGAAGAGGCAACAUGGGAAGAAUACUCCUUAAAAUCUCAAUUUCCGAAUUUUGAUGAACCUUGA